AUGCUGAGACCGCUGGGCCUGGGUGGGAGGGGAACCCAGAUUUUCCGAUGGCCUCCUUUACGUGUGGGCGACCUGCACUCUGAGGUGACUUAGGCAAUGCUGUACGAGAAAUUCAGUCCAGCUGGGCCCAUCCUCUCCAUCCGCAUCUGCAGGGACAAGAUCACUGCUCGCCCAUUGGGCUACGCAUAUGUCAACUACCAGCAACCGGUGACUGCCGGGCCUCUGGAGACCCUGAACUUUGAUGUCGCAAAGGGCAGGCCAGUGCGCAUCAUGUGGUCCCAGAGGGACUCCGUCGGCCCGGGCAAGAGCGGGGUGGGCAACGCCUUCAUCAAGAACCUGGGCAAGACCAUCGACAACAAGGCGCUGUACAACAUCUUCUCGGCUCGCAACAUCCUUCCUGCAAAGUGGCCUGUGACGGUAAGGCCCAAGGGCUACGGGUUGCACUUCCAAAAGCAGGAAUUCAUGGAGCGCCAUCGACGUGAUGAAUGCAUGUUCCUGAACUACCGCAAAAUUUUCGCGAGAUUCCAAGUCGACAAAGAACGAGAGGCCAAAGGAGCCUGGGCCAGGCAGUCUACCAGUGCUGACGCCAAGGAUUUCAGAAGACACCGAUUUAGGAGGCCACUCACAUGA